UCUGUCUUUCCAGAGCUCUGCGUCAUCACAUUCCAGAUUUGGCUCCCAUAUGGCCUAAGGAACUGGGAGUGAUGACGUUGGCAGGCAACAUUGCUACUGGGCAGACUACUCGUUUAUUCUGCCAGGUAUCUGCAACCUCGAUCGAUUUUUUAAAAUCGCAUCUACGGGGCAUUUUAUAAACUACUUACGGAAUAGGUAUCCUAACUGGUAUAGAGAAAGAUAUGUAAGCCAGAUUCUAAAGAAGAAAAAGAAAAGAAAAACAUUGCCUACGAAAUCGAAGCAAGCUCACAAAUUUGUUAUUUUCCGUAUGAAGCGUUUACUGGGCUGGGCUCCUCAGAUAGCAUAUUGUUCUAGGGGCUUAUUCUCUUAUGUUGGUUAGAAUUCAGUAGUCAGUAUAUCGUUUUGGGAUCCUUUGAUAAAUGCAAGUAUAUGUGUUGGGUUUGUAGUUUUUCACUUUUAGUCCUGCGCACUUUUCCCCCAUUGCACGGGCACCAAGCAUUACAGCCUCACAGGAGCGAGCGAGCGAGGAAGGAAGAAAAACGCCAUCAGAAAUGCCGAGUAAUGAACUGAAACAACGAAAGAAAACUACUCCGCAAGCAAAGCAAGAUGAAAAAAGUGACGAGACUUCAAAGCCAACUGCCGAGGAGGAGGAAGCGAAGAAAGCCGAUGUAACGGAGGGGAAACUCCGCGCUGGAGAACAUCCAACGCCCCAAACUCUGGAUCUCAGAACUAUUGCAUGUCUCGUGUCCAUAACAGUAUGUCUCACACUGUCCUGGGUCGUAUUGCAGCAGAACAUUAAAUUUGCCGAAGUUGAGGAAAAAUACGAACUGCUGUUCCAAAAGACAGUAGUGCUCCAAGAACUGGAGAAUGACAUUGGCCAAAUCUCCAGGAAGUUUAAGAGUGUCCAGGUGCUGGUGGACAAGCUUGAGGGGCGGUCUGUGCUGUCCCAGGUGGAGAGCUUGUAUCUGGAUGUGUCCCAGCUGAAGGGGUGGGUCUCGAGCCUGAAUGAAAAGCGAGAGAAGCUCCAGGAGAACCUGUUGGGGCUGUCCCAGGCCGUGCAGGCGAUCGAGGAACGCACCACCGCCAUCACCAAUGAUGUCAGCGCCAAGGUGGCCUUGGUCAGAACGGACGUGCGGCGGAUGGGCGGGCUGGAGUCCGAGGUGGAGGCACUGUUGGCCUCUGAGCAGAAGCUGGAGGAAAAGGUAGCCCAAACAGAGAGAGCCAUGGUGAAAAGGAUCGGGGACGUCUUGGCGAGCAGCAUCGACAGGGUGACCUUGCUGAAGAGCUCCACAGACAAGAACAGCCAGAGGCUGGAGCAGCUACGGCGGCAGUUAGCACAGCUGUCCGCUGCCGACACCGUGCUGGCCAACCGGUUCCAGACCCUGGAGAGCGGGCGUGCCCGCCUGCUGAAGACCGUCACCUUCGCCAGCGAUCUGAAGCCGAAGGUCUCGAACAUCAAGCAGGACUUUGCCCUGCUGGACCCUCAGAUAGCCGACCUGACUCUGAGGAUUGGCCGGCUGGCGGAGGACAUGAUGAGGAGGGAGGAGGAUAUCGUGCAGCUUCGGGACACCUUGGCUAACCUGACGGCCGUCAAGGGUGACCUGCAGAAAAUCCAGCAGCAGCUUACCCAGGUCCCCAACAUAAGUGACAUGUUCCCUCAGACCAACAAGCCUGGGGAGUAGAGACCCCCUCAAAUAUUUAAUAUUAUAGGGACUUUUCUGGAUCAAGGCGAAUCUCCCUAAAUAUCCGCAGUCCGAUUCCCAUUACUGCCAGGGAGAAUGUUCCCUUACUGGUCUUACCAUUGAAGCUGGAGUGUUUACUGUAGAUUUCUUGUGUGGCGGCUAACACUGAGAGAGCAGUUAUGUCAGUGUUAACUUGGAAUUCUCUCUCAAAAGAUGGAAUGUUCUGUGCGAGCAUUGUUAGUCCUGUCAAGGCUGAUGUUGAAAUAUUUUCCAGUUUUGUAAAGCCAUUAUAUUUCUGAAUGGAGAGAACUCCAGGUGUGAGCUUUGUGUGCUCAAAGAAUCAAAUAAUGUUUAACUGUGCUCAGUAGUGGCUGUCCGGAAGCCCAAGUGGAUCUGAAUUAAUACCAAAGACAUAGCUUGAGUGAGGAGCUGGAACUGAAUAACCUAAGGCAUUUAUAAACUGCAGUAUGAGCAACUUUUUAUUCAAGGGCAGUCACUGUCAACACAUUGCUCACUGGGCUUUACCUUGUAGCUGUAGAUUAGUUAUAAAUGUUUAGAUGCCUAAAAGUCAUUAUUGACAACCAGGAAGCGAUUAAAAAACAGAGUAGUCAGCUGCAUCUUUGCACUGGCUGCUCCAGCCUGCUGCCUUUUUGCAGCGCACUGAUUGCAAGAAAUUACCAUUGCAGCAUUAAAUCACUGUAGGAAUUUGGUUCCUUGUAAAGUGAAACUUGUUGUUCCAAAGUGUAUGUCAAUAACAAUUCAUUACCAGGGCAAAACGGCUUUCUUUAUAGUAUGAAGCAUAACGGGUAAAAGCAAAACAGGUCAAUUACCAUGGUGUUUUUCAGGCAGUGUGUGUGUGUGUGUGUGUGUGUGUGUGUGUGUGUGUGUGUGUGUGUGUGUGUGUGUGUGUGUGUGUGUGUGUGUGUGUGUGUGUGUGUGUGUGUGUGUGUGUGUGUGUGUGUGUGUGUGUGUGUCCCUCCCUCCCUCCCUCCCUCUCAUUUGGUUCUGGUUGGUCAUGAACCACCACCCUUUGAUCAGUUCAGUUUUUCAGUUUGAUCUCCAGCAAGUCUACAGUUGGGCAUGCCAAGAUGGAUUAGGUUAACCAAAAAUUUUAUUCUGAAAUCUCCAUUUGUCCAUAUUUCUCCAUCUCCAUUCUAAACAAUACAGGGAAUCACAAACGUCUUACUGCACAGACAAAAACAACUUGAGAUGCCGAAGAGUCUAUUUUGAGAUGAUAACCCAGCGUAAAUUGCUGAGAAAUAACACAUGCUUGUACAUAAUUAGAUCCAGUCAAAGUGAUUCAGGGAAUUCUGUGGAACUAAUUAAUGUCCUCAUUAAAGUGGUCCCUGUGAAAA